AUGGAGGGCUAUACAGCUGGGACGGAUCCGAACCCGCCUGGUCGCGGCGGGACAACUUCUGCGACCUCUGCCGCCCGCGGCAGCGGCUUGGCGGACAAGAAGAAGGCUCUGGGGAAAGUCGGGCAGAGCGCUCUCAAAGUUGGAGCUGCGUUGGGGAAGGAGGCCAUGAAAGUUGCGGCCCAACAAAUGAAGACCACGACUACAAAUGACAAGAAGGCGAUGAAUGGUCCGCCUGGUAGUAGACACGCGGACGGUUCCGACAACACAGAACAACAAACCGCAAACAAGGAGGGAGCGACAGAUGAUUCUUCCCGCGAGCCGAAUCCGAAUUCUGCUGCUGCUCCGGCAGCACCUACUUCCGCUGUUGUGGUGCCCCAGCCAGGUUUUGCUUCAGGAAAUUUACCACGAGCAGGUGAAACUGACCCGGCGCAGCUGGUGCAACAGCAAGAUGUUAUAGGACCAGUAGCUCUCACGCCGACCCCCCCGGCGGCGCAAGUAGAACGACCCUGCGAAGAUCACCAAGUCUCUGUUCCUGCUGCUGUGUCAAAAACUACAGGUGAAGUAGACACGAUGAUGAACAACUCCUCCUCUAAAGCCGCACCAAACGCAAACACGAUGAUGUCCUCAUCCCUGCCGGCUCCCACCGCGAAAAACCUGGGGAAGGCCGUCGGCCUCGUCGCCGGUGGCGCGUACGGUGCGCAGCAAGUGGUCAGCAGCGCGGCCGCCACCGCAAAGGACGUCGCGCUGGUUGCAGGCGUGGAGGUGGGGAAGAAGGCAUACAGCAAUCUGAACGAGAAAAACCAGCAGCGGGUGGACACUAUGCAUUGCAAAAGUAUCGUUGUAGUAGAAAUCGCACCAGAAUUUUACCAGAAACAAAAAUGCAGUUUGUCAUGCUGGACAAGGUAGAAAGUUAGACUUGCCAUGCAUGCCAGGCGAUGGGUUACCCGGUCGGCAGAGCCGAUCCACACGAACGAACGAUGCCAGCCAUUAUUACGAGUGCGAUACAACUUUUGCAUAGGAUAGACACCGCGGCCGCGAAGGGGAAGUCGCUCGGCCAGUCCGCGGCGUCUGCCGCGUUGGAUGCGGGCCUGGGCGCGUACAGCGGUUUCAAGAUGUCCAAGGAACAGGUGUCGCUGCUGCAGUCCAUGUCGGCGGACCAGCUGUACAGUUUCCUUCCCGCGGGCGAACGCGACCUGCUGCUGCACGCGAAGAAAACCUUGAAGGACAAAAAGGCGGGAAUCGUGGAAGAUCUGAAAGUUUCCUGUGCAAAAGUAUCGUACUCGUAUAAAUGCAAGUCUGCAUUAGAGUGAGGUAACAAACUAAAUCUGGAACUUCGCGGUUGAGUUCUUAUCCGGCCGCCGGCCGGAUGAGAACUCAACCACAUCACCGGCGGAAUCCGGCUGGCCGGCCCGGUCCUCUUCCCCCGUCCCCAACCGGUCGAUCCACUGGCCGCGUUGUUAGUUUCACUAGGCCAAAAGCCCCAGCUUUGUAAUGCAGAGGCAGCGCCCUGCAAAGGCAGCGGAAAGCGCCGAAACCCCAAAAGCAGGCGCGUGCGCUUUCUGUUCUUUGUCUGUGCGGCUAUUUUCUUUUUCGCUUCUAUUACUAUUUCGCGCGGUUUGUGCUUUCUAUUUUUCCUACUUAUUUCUAUUCGUGCUUCUGAGUUUGCACUUCCAGAAGUUAGACUCCAUGCAAGCGGAGCGACUGCGCUUUACUUCAGCGGUACUGCUACUAGUUAAUAGCAGGCAUCAGCUUCCUGCUACUUCGUUUUUUGUUCUGGCUCUCGCAGCUUCGGGGCGCAGUCACAGCCCCCUGCGUUUUUAGCCAGUGCACCACGAUAGUGGCACUCGCGCGCCCUAGGUUAUUGGCGUAGACUGCCCGCUUCUGUCUCUGUCCAAAUGCGGGGCCCUGUGGCAACAAGCAGGGGAGACAGACAACAGCACGCUGCUGCCGUCGGGGGUGGUCGAGUCUCAGCGGGCUCUAGCGAUGAAUCCUUGGCAGCGAGCGGACAUAAAAGCGCUGAAAGCGGGGAAACGCGGAAAGCGGGGAACCAUGCCUCCGCUUUCGGCGGUUGCCCGCUCGGGUUCCCCGCUUUCACCGGUUGUCCGCUCGCUGCCAGCGGUUUUCCGCCUUCGGCGGUUGGCCGCUUUCAGCGGCCGCCCGCUUUCAGUUAUUGCCCGCUGUCAGCGGUGGCCCGCUUUCAGCGGCUGCGCGGUUUCAGCGGCCGCCCGCUGCCACCGGUCCGUCGGCGGUUUUCAGCGGUUCUCCGCUUCCAGCGGUUCCUUCGCUUUCAGCGGUUCCCCGCUUCCAGCGGCUCCCCACUUCCGGCGGCUUCCCGCUUUAAGCGGUUUUCCGCUCGCUGCCAGCGGUCUAUCGGUGGAGCCAGCUGAGCAUCGACCAACCCCGACGGAAGUAGGGGCCACAAACCUAGAAGCGUAAAUAAAAAAUAGAAUUGCGAGUGCACUUCUUCAGGUGAGCGGGAAAAAUCCUCCCAAAUAAAAAAUAGAAAACGCAAACUGCGUGCAAUAGGAGCGGAAAUGGCAGCACAGAUCAAAGCUAAUAGAUGAAAGCGCAGGCAUCUGCUUUGUGGGUUUCGGCACUUUCCGCUGUCCUUGCAUGACAAGGGUGGGGCUUUUUGCAUAGCGAAGCAACGCGGCUCGGGGACGGGUGAGGGGGAAGAGUGGGUCCACCGGUGGAGGAGGGCGGAAGAGGAUCGGGCAGGCGCAGGCCGCCCGGCCGGAUACGGCCGGCGAUGUGGUUGAGUUCUCAUCCGGCCACCGGCCGGAUGAGAACUCAACCGCGAAGUUCCAGAUUUAGUUUGUUACCUCACUCUUACAAAUUCUUUUUUUUAGGUAAAUCCGCAUUACAAAUUUUAUUUCUCAUGCUGAGGGAAUUUGUCAUGCAUUUAUACGAGUGCGAUACUUUUGCAGUUCAUAGAAAGCGACCGCGUUGGAUAUGAGUGACAACGUGUUGGAGAAACUGCUGAACAAAAUCCGGGACCGCUUUGCCAACACGCUGGUCGACGACCCCGCCAUGUGCGAAUGCGUGAAGAGGAAGCUCGUGUACGGGUUCUACGGGCUCUAUGGAUGUGUCAGAGUUGAAAUCGACAAAGUUGAAAUAAUUUGUCAUGCAUAAGAUGGAUGCCAGUUGGAACCCAUUUUCCAAGUGGCGCAUGACAAAUUUCGGCGGUCUGUAAAUCCAGUUUGUCAUGCUGUUUAGGCAAAGAAGAGUGAUUUUCUCAUGCUACUUUAGCAGCUCGAGCUGUAACCCCAAACAGGCUUACAAUCGGCCUCACUUGCCUGCUCUGCAACACACGUACCUCGGGGCAUGCAUUUUAUGCAUUGCAAAUUAUUUCAACUUUGACGAUUUCAAACCUGACACUUCCAUAGGCUUUGGGAGGACGUGAAAGAGGAGGCAAAACUCGCCAUCAAAACGAGCGUGUUGAAAACGGAAAAGUCCAACAUCGGAGACGACGUGGACCUCGUCUGCUGCAGCUGUACCGACUUCUGGGCUCGUUCGAGGCCGUUCUCCUGGUUCCGCGCCUUCGUUUUGUUCCACUACCUGCCGUACGACAAGAGCAUGUUCGGGAAAUUCCGGGACCCGGUCUUCGUGCUUUUCUUCCUCCUCACGCUGCUGCCGGUCUUCGCCGUCCGGGGGUUCUUCUUCGCGGUGGUUUUAUUUUUUGUUUGCUGCGGGACCCCGAGAGGUCAAAGGCGGCCGGACGAGUACAUUCUGGUGCAGUACAUUUUGGGUUUCAAGGGAAUGCAGUUCGUCACGGGGGGCGUGCUCAUGGCGCUCUACGGCUCCAUGGAGUACUACUCGUGCGUGCAAACCAGAAACUGCGAAGCCAGCGGCCCGGGGAAGAACAUUACGGACGGCCUGGCCCUGUCGCUGCUCGAGUUUUUCUUCAACAUUUUCCUGACCUGGACGGCCUUUUUGUCUCUGCCCUUCUCCGAGAAGCAUGGCGGGUCGAGUUUCCAGUCGCAGCGGGCCAACGCUGCUGCGGACCGGAGGGACGCGGAGGCGGAAGAGGUCGUGCAGUGCUGUUUUAACUUGGAGAGUUUUCUUCCCUGUUGUCGCAUCACGUACAAUACAAAGCGGGGCGGCCGCAUUCUUCCGCUGCUGGUGUACGACAUGUACUGUUUUCUAUUCGGAUAUGGGAUUCUCAAACGAGACAUUGUUCUCAACUGUUACAUGAUUUGUCAUGCGAAAUCAACGGUCGUGCUUCACAUGAUGACGAUCAAGCUUCUUCGCGUAACAAAAAGUCUUUGACGCGCUAAGUACUUAGCAUUAGCAUUUAGAAUCCGUCGUGCCAAAUCUGUAACGCAAGACGCUUAAGGUCCCCCCUCCCCACCCCUCUCACGACUUUUGCUCAUAAAAAUUCUUGCAUCUUCACAAGUUCAUGUAUACAGUGUGAAAGUGUAACGUUUGCGAACGCCAUAUCGGAGUCCUUUUCGUCGUUCUCUUGGCCGCAAACCGGGGCGGCGACACCUCGCUGUUUGACACCUCGGAGCUGGGCGCUGAGGUGUUCUGGGGAAAAGUGGUCUACUCGUUGCUGUCUUUUCCGUUUAUCGCGUUCACGCUGCCGGGCUUGAGUCGCUUGUUGACGCACUCGAUUCCCACGGGCUACACGAAGUCCGGCUACGUAAAGCCGUUUGACCUUACGGCACAAGUGGUUGUUGGUGCAGAUGCGAAUACUUCUUCUACGAACGGCAAGGAAGGGCAGUUCUUUGCGAAGAACAACAACAUCAAGGGGUUAGAUGAUGGCACGCCGAUAGAGGAUGUCGUGGAUGUCGUGUGAUACAACAGAGAAGACGACAGACAAGAACAACCUAUGAUUAUUACCCCCGCAGUCCCACGCAGGUUGCAUUGGGGGAUUCCCCCACCGGUAUCUACUCCGCGGAGAGCAUAGAAACUGACAGCAAAGUAUGAGUAUCCACUAGCUACUUGAAAAAACUGAAAUAGUAGUCCUAGUCGACAAGGAAUAAAAUAAAGAAGCAGAAAGUGAGAUCUCCAGAAGAGAAAUAAUGGGUAACUUGAAACUGAGAUCGUCCACGUUUUGACAUGCUAGGUGGACCUGUACAGCGAGAUGAUAAUGAGCGAGGGAUCAUUUCUUUCUGAUGUUGAACACAGACUCUAAAACACGAACACCAAGAGCGAGAUCAAGGAAGAAAUCUUAUCGCGCAUCCGGAUCAUGAAGCAGAAGACAACCGAGACCAUUCUUACCUGAGAAAAAUGUGGAGAAGCC